GCGGCCGGGGCUCCGAGGGGCGGGGUUGCGAAGUUGCGUCACGCGCCGUACGCCGCCGCGCGUACGCUCCUUUCCACGUGCGAAAGCACCGGACUCGUGCAGCCUGGGACGCCGCAGAGUCCUGGGCCGGGGAGCUGAGCUCUCGCCAUGAAGCCAGGUUUCAGCCCCCGUGGGGGCGGCUUCGGUGGCCGAGGGGGCUUUGGUGACCGUGGUGGUCGUGGUGGAGGCCGAGGAGGCUUUGGCGGGGGCAGAGGUCGUGGUGGAGGCUUUAGGGGCCGAGGUCGAGGAGGAGGAGGACGAGGUGGUGGAGGCUUCCAGUCUGGUGGCAACCGGGGUCGUGGUCGGGGAGGGAAGAGAGGAAACCAGUCGGGGAAGAAUGUGAUGGUGGAACCUCAUCGGCAUGAAGGUGUCUUCAUUUGCCGAGGAAAGGAAGAUGCGCUUGUCACCAAGAAUCUGGUCCCUGGAGAAUCUGUUUAUGGAGAGAAGAGAGUCUCGAUAGCGGAGGGAGAUGACAAAAUCGAGUACCGUGCCUGGAACCCCUUCCGCUCCAAGCUGGCAGCAGCAAUCCUGGGCGGCGUGGACCAGAUCCAUAUCAAGCCAGGGGCCAAGGUGCUGUACCUUGGGGCUGCAUCAGGCACCACUGUCUCCCACGUCUCCGACAUCGUAGGCCCGGACGGUCUAGUCUAUGCAGUUGAGUUCUCCCAUCGCUCCGGCCGUGACCUCAUUAACUUGGCCAAGAAGAGGACCAACAUUAUUCCUGUUAUUGAAGACGCUCGGCACCCACACAAAUACCGCAUGCUCAUCGCGAUGGUGGAUGUGAUCUUUGCUGAUGUGGCUCAGCCAGACCAGACCCGGAUCGUAGCCCUGAAUGCCCACACUUUCCUUCGCAACGGAGGACACUUUGUGAUUUCCAUUAAGGCCAACUGCAUUGACUCCACGGCCUCUGCUGAGGCUGUGUUUGCCUCUGAAGUGAAGAAGAUGCAGCAGGAGAACAUGAAGCCCCAGGAGCAGUUGACCUUAGAGCCGUAUGAAAGAGACCACGCCGUGGUGGUGGGUGUGUACAGGCCACCUCCCAAGGUGAAGAACUGAAGCCCCGUGUCAUCUGGAUUGCCAAGAGAUUGUGUUGCUACUGUUCAACGUGUGUUUUUCUAUUAAAAGACUCAUCCAGGGGCACCUGGGUGGCUCAGUCGCUUAA